GUUGGCGUUGUGUUGCCAUAUCCAAGUCAUUUAGGCUCUGCUUAGUUGUGGGAAAUAUAUGGUUUAUUGAUUUCACAUCGGCUGCGGGGUUUUGCAAGAUAUCUUUUUGUUUUCACCAUCAAUAGUUUCUCGAAUAAUUUCUGCGAAGAUGUUGAGUUGGCCAAUCAUGACGGGGCCCUAUAUAGAUCCAUCUGAAUAUGAUCACUGUCCUACUCCACCGGAUUGGGGAGAUGAGGAUAACGAUAAUGAUGGUGAUAUUUCCGUCGCUGAAUCACCUCUGAAGAAGCCAAAAACUGACGGAAAAGAAGGUGGCGAUGGUUCUGAUGAUGAAAGUGUUUUCUAUAAUGAUGAAGAAAGGGAUCGAUUUUGGGACUAUCAUAAAAUGGUUAUGAAAUAUCAGGGUUUUCAUAUGGAUCCCAAUCUAGUUCCCGAGAGGUGUAUGGGUAAGAUUUUUGCUAUCCAUCUUGAUAGGGAGGACACCAAAGAGUACUAUAAAAUAGGAGUCCCUAAAGCAGCUCGCUUGGCGGUUGAUUUUUAUAAUGCCAGGAAUGACAAGAAGAAGCCGAAGCUGGAAUAUGUUGGCAUUAAGAAGGCUAAUCACCAGAUGAGAAAUUUAUUUAUAACCUUUAAGGCGAAAUUCAAAGAUUCUUCUUCUGAAGAACUCCGAACUUAUCAAACAUUAGUAAUUUAUUCCUCUAAACACGCUGAGGUUGAGUUUGUCAGACCAGAACCGAGACACCACAAAAUCAAAGGUGAAGAUGACUGGCUCUUCUGAUUAAUCAGCUAAAAGCAAUUUAUGUGCAUUGGACUCUUGAGUGGGAUACAUGAAAUGAUGCUCCUAGUAAUUGUGCAUAAAUUGCGAUCCAUAAUACUUUAGUCAUUUUUCAAUUCUAUCUUCACGUUAAAAACUGAUCAAUUUUAUCAUAUUUCAUAUUUUUUUCCGUUUCAAA